ACUAAAGGCGCCGAACCGAUCCAGGUAUUUACGCCAGUCAUGUGCUUUAUCUCACCAGUCUUAAAGAAGCUGCCGGGACUUCACUCUCCCCUAUGGUCUCUCAGCCCUUUUCACAGAGAAUCGCCACAAUCAAUUAUCAGAUCACAAUUUCCCUUGUGGUGCCGCAUAGCCUUUUCUGCUGUAUGGAAACAGAGCGGUCGUGAUGAAUUAUGUGCAACUGCACGUGGUCACACUUCUAAAUGUUUUUACGUGACGCCCAACGUGACGACAUUAUUAAAGCACAUUCGCUAUGGUGAGUAUUAUCCAGCCCUAUAAAUAAUGCUCGCGGGAUGGAACCAGCAGUGUGCUUGCUGGCGACACUCGGUAAACAGCGUUGGAACAACAUAAAAAGUUGAUAAAAUAUCCCAGAAACUGAUAUUGAUAUUGAAGCGUUUUAAAGAACAUCUUAAAUUAAACAGGCAAGUUGCACGCGAAGCAUCCAUUGAUUUGUUAAAUGGAAUAUACGAAAGCUGCAGAAAUGAACGGAAUGCGCAAUGAUAAGAUUGUCAGUGAGUUUCUGUGUCAUAACGGGUUCAGUGAGCUCUCUAUCGAAGCGAAGAAGGCUGCGCUACAAUGCAACGAGGAGAAAUCCCGAAAGGAGUUGGAGGACGAGUCCAACCUACCGGCGCUGGAAGCUGCCUAUACCAGCAUCCUUCGGGGACUGGGGGAGAACACCGACCGCCAAGGGCUGAUCAGGACGCCGCUCCGUGCCGCAAAAGCCAUGCAGUUUCUCACAAAGGGUUACCACGAGACCGUUUACGAUAUCCUGAACAAUGCCAUCUUUGAUGAGGACCACGAUGAGAUGGUGAUUGUGAAAGACAUCGACAUGUUCUCGCUCUGUGAACAUCACCUGGUGCCGUUCUUUGGAAAGGUGCACAUAGGAUAUCUUCCAAGUAAAAAAGUGGUCGGCUUGAGCAAACUGGCAAGAAUUGUUGAAAUCUUCAGCCGGAGACUCCAAGUCCAGGAACGGCUGACGAAGCAGAUUGCACACGCCAUCUGCGAGGCACUGCAGCCGGCUGGAGUGGCAGUGGUCAUCGAGGCGACGCACAUGUGCAUGGUCAUGCGAGGCGUGCAGAAGAUGAACAGUCGCACCAUCACCAGUGCAAUGGUGGGCGUGUUCCGCGAGGACCCCAAGACCCGCGAGGAGUUCCUGUCCCUGGCCAAGAACAGCUAGGGCCCUUCUACCUCAGUCUACCGUCAACUCCAACACUGACAGCGCCCUCUGUCCCCCGAGUACUGCAAUCCACGUUUCCUUUACUGUCUCCAUUUCUCUCUUUAAUGAGAUGUGUAUUCUGAGAUGCGAGUACAUCACAGGACACAGGUUCUCAAGGAAUUCCGUUAGCGUGAGUUACAUGUAGCACUGUGCGCAUUCUUCUACCUAUACUUUACCCUGUGAGCAUUCUGUCAUCAACAUUUUCACCACACCUCGGGGCGUACCUGAAGAGCUGUCUGCCUGUACUGUAUUUCUCUAUGAAAACAAAUAACCAUUCAAGUAUUGCCCACCAGCAAAAUAGCCAUUUCUGGCAAUACAAGAAACUUGCUUUAUGUGUAUUAACUUAUAAAUAUAUUUUUUGUUAGCAUCACUUCUUAUGAAUUAUAGUCAAAAGACACAAUUAACCAUAAAUGUUAUCCACAUAAAAUGCUUUGUCUUUUUUUUUUUUUUUUUAAAGUGGUACAUUCCUAACCAAGCUUUAACAUCAGCUUGUGCUUCACAGGACUGUCAUGCGCAAUCAGUGCAACAUCAGAUGUAGAAAACUGCAAACAUUCUCGAAAGUGAAGAUAAAAAAUAGUCUUUGAUGCCCUGACAAUCGAGACCGGUGCCUUGAGUUCUCCUUGUAAUAAGUGCUUUAAAAGAGGACUUAUUUUGCACAUAUCCACGAUUUUUAUACUUGCUUCCUGUAUUUUAGAUUUUGUAAAUAGGACAACAGCAUCAACAGUUUUCUUCUGACAGACUGUGUGAACAGUAUUACAGGAUUUGUGUCAUAUACCUAAUAAGACAAAUGUCUGUAAUAGGAAAAGAUCCAUGUCUGCAUUAGUAUGAAACUAGGAUGAACGACUGAACAUAUUUUCAUUCAUACUGUCAAUGUGGAGUGUUAACUUUAUUGCAAGCGUUUAUCUUUUCGGAUGCUGCUCACAAUGAACACUAGAACAAAUCUGAAUAAUUCAACUGACAGAUAACAUUAUUUAAUGUUAUUCAAGUAACAGUCUCCCACGGGAACACAAAUUUUGCCCCCAAACCCUUCUGGAAUUUUUCUCGCACUUAAAAGGUAUAUUGCCAGAACUGUCUUGGCCCUCAUAAUAUAAAAAUAAAAUUAUUUAAACUGUUUAGCUGUAUUGUUCAUAUACAUUACAAUGUCAUUUUAAAACAAUGUAUUGUAUAUUGAUCCCCAAAUAAACAUGUUAUAAAGCUA